CGCCACCGCCGCCACCUCUGUCAGCGCUGCCGUAGCCGCAGUCCGCGCCGCGCGCCCCGCGAUGCCCGCCCGCACCGCCCCGGCCCGAGUGCCCACGCCGGCCUCCCGGGCCGACUCCCUGCCUGACGACGUGCGCAGGCGGCUCAAAGACUUGGAACGCAAUAGCUUGACAGAAAAGGAAUGUGUGAAGGAGAAAUUGAACCUCUUGCAUGAAUUUCUGCAGACAGAGAUCAAGACUCAGUUAUGUGACUUGGAGACCAAGUUACUGACGGAAGAGCUGUCCGAGGAGGGCUACCUGGCUAAAGUCAAAUCCCUUUUAAAUAAAGAUUUGUCCCUGGAGAACGGAGCUCAUGCUUUCAGUCGGGAAGUGAACGGGGCACGUGCGAACGGGAAGCACCUCGGUAGGGAGGAGCGGAGAGCGGCCAUGGCCUUCAAGUCACCCCGGUCUGCGGCCAAGCCGAGCACGCCCCGGAGAGGCAGGGCCGACCGAGAGACAAGGGAAGCCGAGGAUUCCCCGACACCCCGGGUUACACGGCAGAGCACCAGACAGACCACCAUCACGGCUCACUUCUCGAAGGGUCCGGCCAAGCGGAAGCCUGAUGAGGAGUCUGAGAGGACAUCCACAGAAGACUCUGGUGAUGAGAAAGACCAGGAUGAGAAGCGACGGCGAGUCCUUACCCAAGAAUCGGUUGCAGGUCCAUCCUCUGAGGACGUGGGGCAAGUCCCAGCAGAAGCUGGCAUGGAGGAUGGCGCCCGUGUGAAGAAGGAAGAAAAGAGAUUCAGAAGUCCAACUACAGAGCUGACCCCCAAGUCGCGAAUGAAGCUGGAGGCAGACACAGCUGUGGGACCCGGAACCUCUUCUGAAAGCGCGGAUGAGACGGAGGAAAGGAGACCCCAGAGUCAGUCCCGAGAUCUCACUGCCAAGCGGAGGUCAGAGGAGGAGCUCGAGGAAGGCAGGCCCCAGGUUUCUGACGAGAGGGACGAGGACGAAAAAGAUGAGAAGCGCCGCAGGACGACAUUCUCAGAACCGGUGGAGAAGAAAGUGGCACGAGUCAAAGCUGUCAUGACCUCCAAGAGUGACCCCCUGAAGUGCAUCCACUGCGGACAGAGCCUGGACAAUGCCAACCUCAAGUACGAGCAGCACCUGCCCGAUGCGCUGGAGGAGCCACAGAUGCUGACCAACGAGAUCCUCAACAUCUUCGGCAGCGAGUCCGGCUUCGGGAGCUACGAGGAGCUGCCCCAGCACAAGCUGACGUGCUUCAGCAUCUACUGUAAGCGCGGCCACCUGUGCCCCAUCGACACGGGCCUCAUCGAAAAGAACGUGGAGCUGCUGUUCUCGGGGUCAGCGAAGCCCAUCUAUGACGAUGACCCAUCCCCCGAAGGCGGCGUGUACGGCAAGAACCUGGGCCCCAUCAACGAGUGGUGGAUCACGGGCUUUGAUGGCGGCGAGAAGGCGCUGUUGGGCUUCACCACCUCAUUCGCCGAGUACAUCCUGAUGGAGCCCAGCCCGGACUACGCCCCCGUGUUCAGCCUGAUGCAGGAGAAGAUGUACAUGAGCAAGAUCGUCGUGGAGUUCCUCCAGGGCAACUCGGAGGCCACCUAUGAGGACCUGAUCAAUAAGAUUGAGACCACCGUGCCUCCUUCCUCGCUUAACCUGAACCGCUUCACUGAGGACUCGCUGCUGCGCCACGCCCAGUUUGUGGUGGAGCAGGUGGAGAGCUACGACGCGGCGGGUGACAGCGACGAGACGCCCAUCUUCCUCACGCCCUGCAUGCGAGACCUCAUCAAGCUGGCCGGGGUCACCCUGGGGAAGAGGCGGACAGAGCGGCGCCGCGUCAACAGACAGUCCAAGGAGAGCAAGGCCCCGACGAAGGCCACCACCACCAAGCUGGUGUGCCAGAUCUUCGACACCUUCUUCGACGAGCAGAUUGAGAAGGACGAUCAGGAGGACAAGGAGAACAUGUACAAGCGCCGGCGCUGUGGCGUCUGCGAGGUGUGCCAGCAGCCCGAGUGCGGCAAGUGCAAGGCCUGCAGAGACAUGGUGAAGUUCGGCGGCACCGGCCGGACCAAGCAGGCCUGUCUGGAGAGGAGGUGCCCCAACUUGGCCAUGAAGGAGGCAGAUGAGGACGACGAGGUGGACGAUGACAUCCCCGAGGUCCCGUCGCCCAAGAAGAUGAAUCAGGGCAAGAAGAAGAAGCAGAAAAAGAACCGGAUCUCCUGGAUCGGGGACGCCAUCAAGGUUGAGGGCAAGAAGACCUACUACAGAAAGGUGUGCGUUGACUGGGACACUCUGGAGGUGGGCGACUGUGUCUCCGUCUUCCCUGACGACCCUUCCAAGCCCCUUUACUUCGCCAGGAUCACGGCGCUCUGGGAGGACACCAGCAACGGGCACAUGUUCCACGCCCACUGGUUCUGCCCAGGCAAAAACACUGUCCUGGGGGCCACCUCGGACUCACAGGAGCUCUUCGUGGUGGACGAGUGUGAGGACAUGCAGCUGUCCUACGUCCACAGCAAGGUGACCGUCCUCUACAAGGGACCGUCUGCCAACUGGGCCCUGGAGGGCGGCAUGGAGCCGGAGCCUCUGGUGAAGAACAAGAAGGUCUACUUCUACCAGCUGUGGUACGACCAGGACUACGCGCGGUUUGAGUCCCCCCCCCAGAUCGAGCCCCCCGAGGACAGCAAGCACAAGUUCUGUGCCAGCUGCGUGCGGCUGGCAGAGAUGCGGCAGAAGGAGAUCCCCCGCGUGCUGGAGCAGCUGGAGGACCUGGACAACCGUGUGCUCUACAACAUGGCCACCAGGAACGGCGUCCAGUACCGUGUGGGCGACGGCGUCUACCUGCUGCCCGAGGCCUUCACCUUCAACAUCAGGCUGUCCAGCCCCGUGAAGCGUCCACGGAAGGAGGCAGUGGAUGAGGAUCUGUACCCUGAGCACUACCGGAAGUACUCGGACUACAUCAAGGGCAGCAACCUGGAUGCACCCGAGCCCUUCCGCAUCGGCCGCAUCAAGGAGAUCUUCUGCGCCAAGAAGGUCAACGGCAAAGCCAACGAGGCCGACAUCAAGCUCCGCGUGCACAAGUUUUACAGGCCAGAGAACACGCACAAGUCCACGCCGGCCAGCUACCACGCGGACAUCAACCUGCUUUACUGGAGUGACGAGGAGGCAGUGGUGGACUUCUCGGCCGUGCAGGGCCGCUGCACGGUAGAGUACGGCGAGGACCUGCCAGAGUGUCCACAGGACUUCUCGGCCCGCGGCCCUGACCGCUUCUACUUCCUGGAGGCCUAUAACGCCAAAAGCAAGAGCUUCGAGGACCCUCCGAACCACGCCCGCAAUCCCUGGAACAGAGGCAAAGGGAAGGGCAAAGGGAAGAACAAAACCAAGUCGCCGCCGAGUGAGCCGAGUGAGCCCCAGGCCACCAUCCCGCUGCCCAAGCUGCGCACCCUGGACGUGUUCUCGGGCUGUGGGGGUUUAUCCGAGGGCUUCCAUCAAGCAGGCAUCUCGGAGACACUGUGGGCCAUUGAGAUGUGGGAGCCCGCGGCGCAGGCCUUCCGGCUCAACAACCCAGGCUCAACCGUGUUCACGGAGGACUGCAACACGCUGCUGAAGCAGGUCAUGGGCGGCGAGCGCGUCAACUCACUGGGCCAGUUGCUGCCGCAGAAGGGUGACGUGGAGCUGCUGUGCGGCGGCCCGCCCUGCCAGGGCUUCAGCGGCAUGAACCGCUUCAACUCGCGCACCUACUCCAAGUUCAAGAACUCGCUGGUGGUCUCCUUCCUCAGCUACUGCGACUACUACCGGCCGCGCUACUUCCUGCUGGAGAACGUGCGCAACUUCGUGUCCUUCAAGCGCUCCAUGGUCCUCAAGCUCACGCUCCGCUGCCUCGUGCGCAUGGGCUACCAGUGCACCUUUGGGGUCCUGCAGGCUGGCCAGUAUGGCGUGGCCCAGACGCGCCGGCGGGCCAUCAUCCUGGCGGCGGCCCCCGGGGAGAAGCUGCCCCUCUUUCCCGAGCCGCUGCAUGUGUUCGCGCCCCGCGCCUGCCAGCUGAGCGUCGUGGUGGACGACAAGAAGUUUGUCAGCAACAUCACCAGGCUGAGCUCUGGCCCCUUCCGAACCAUCACGGUGCGGGACACCAUGUCGGACCUCCCAGAGAUCCGCAACGGGGCGUCGGCGCUGGAGAUCCUGUACAACGGGGAACCACAGUCCUGGUUCCAGAGGCAGCUGCGAGGCUCCCAGUACCAGCCCAUCCUCAGGGAUCACAUCUGCAAGGACAUGAGCGCCCUGGUGGCCGCCCGCAUGCGGCACAUCCCCCUGGCUCCCGGCUCGGACUGGCGCGACCUGCCCAACAUCGAGGUGCGCCUGUCGGACGGCACCAUGGCCCGCAAGCUGCGCUACAACUACCAUGACCGCAAGAACGGCGCCAGCAGCACCGGGGCGCAGCGCGGCGUCUGCUCCUGCGCGGAAGGUAACGCCUGUGACACGGCCGCCCGGCAGUUCAACACUCUCAUCCCUUGGUGCCUGCCGCACACCGGCAACCGGCACAAUCACUGGGCCGGCCUGUACGGGCGCCUGGAGUGGGACGGCUUCUUCAGCACCACCGUCACCAACCCCGAGCCCAUGGGCAAGCAGGGCCGUGUCCUGCACCCCGAGCAACACCGCGUCGUGAGUGUGCGGGAGUGCGCCCGCUCCCAGGGCUUCCCUGACACCUACCGGCUCUUCGGAAACAUCCUGGACAAGCACCGGCAGGUGGGCAAUGCUGUACCCCCGCCCCUGGCCAAAGCCAUUGGCUUGGAGAUCAAGCGCUGUAUGUUGGCCAAAGCUCAAGAGAGCUCCACAGAUAAAGAGAAGCCUCUGAAGGACUAGUGUGACCCCGCCCCACUCCCAGUCAUGCCAGGGACCCCAGCACGCGCCGGUGGUCUCGUUGUCCGUGACCUUGUCGCUGCAGUCUGCUGCGUGGUGGUCUGCACUAUCUGGGGCCCACCUUGCCCCGGCAGUGUCGUCGUUGUCGUCAUCCCACUACCGCGCCUGUCGGUUUUAAAGGCUUUUUAUCUUGCAGCGAAUCAGAUGCACCACCUUGAGCGCGGUGAUUCAGACUUUAUGUAGUUUUUGUAUGUUGUAAUAUUUCUUCAAUAAAUCUCCUAUAAAGCGC